AUGAUAACUGAUAGAGUCACAGAUGUGAUCAGCUGCCAGGCUGCUCUGUUCGAAUGGGCAGAAAGCUUUGAUACGAAAGAUUGGGGCCGUCUCUCUGAAGCCAUUGCACCUACUCUUCACGUCGACUACACAGAUGUCAUGGGAAAAUCCUGGAAGGCCUUACCAGCGGCCGAUUUCGUGCAGAUGGCUUCGAACACCCAUUUUCUUGGCAACGUGCGUAUCAAGACGCAGCAUCUUAUCGGUGCCGAAAAAUGGAUCAGCACUGGUGCUGACACGAUCACGGGCUAUCACCAGAUGCGCGUCGCCCACCAAAAGUACAAAGACGACGGUUUAACCGAGGUGCUACGUCAAGGGCACGCACAUGGAAAUGCCACUGUGCGCUACCGUAAGGUCGAUGGGGUGUGGAAGUUUGCCGGACUGACGCCAGACAUUCGCUGGUCGGAGUCUGAGUAUCAAAAAAAUUUCGACGAGGAGUAA